AUGUACUUCAACUUCAAGCCCACCAUUCUAUUGGCCCUGGCCCUGACCGCGAUUGCCAGCCCAAUCGCUAACCCGACAGUCGAUGAGGCCAACACCUUGGUCGCCCGCGCCGCUAGGAAAGAUGUCGAUUGCAAUGGUAAAAGGUUUACCAAAGAAGACAUUCAUAAUGCCAUUGAACAAUCCAAAGUGGUUGAAAAGGGCAGGGAGACAAACGCCAGGGCCUAUGGCAAGUAUCCAGCGGUAUACGGCAAUGGCGAGGGCCAUUUUGGCUCCUCCAGCACCCUGUAUGAGUAUCCAUUGGUCUCAGGAACUUAUAGCGGAAAGAAGACUGCCGGAGAACCGGGUAGCUACCGCGUCAUCAUGAACGAAAAGUACGUCUACCAGGGAUCACUCUAUCACAUCGCUGGUGGCGGUUUCAAAAAGUGCACGAAUCUUGAGGACACCCCUACCACAACAACUACUACCACCACUACUACUGCCAAGGCUACCACCACUGCUACCACCAAGGCUAGUAGUGGCAACACGAGUCACAGGUCCGGAAACAAGUCUGGCAGCAAGCCAGGUAAGAAGACUGGUAGCCACUAA